AAUAAAUAAAAUUACUGUUAUAUUCUAUUACUAUUAGAAAAUUUUUUUUUUUUUUUUAGUCAUAGAAAUUGAAUUGUUUAAAUAAAUAUAUUGAUUAUAGCAGUAUUAAUCAAUCAUGUUUUUAUUUUUUCAUAAAACUAUGAAAUCGAAUAAAAAAUUAUCAAAAACAAAUGUUUUAAAGUCUGAGGGAUAUAUUAUAUUAGAUCACAUAUCAAAUGGAAGUUAUGGUGAAGUAUGCCAUGCUAAAUACAUACAAGAAGAAAAAGAAUUGAAUUUGGUAGUGAAAAUAAUCGAUACAAAACAAACAAGCAAAGAGUAUGUUUCUAAAUUUUUGCCUCGAGAGCUAGAUGUCAUACGUCAAAUAAAUCAUCCGUAUAUAAUCUAUACACACAGUAUUUUACAAAAAAAAGCUGUGUUAUUUGUUUUUAUGGCAUUUGCAGAAAGAGGUGAUGUUUUGCAAUACAUUAUCGAUCAUGGGCCAUUAAAAGAGAAUCAAGCUCGUAUAUGGUUUAGACAGCUAGCAUUAGCAGUGCAAUAUUUACAUGCAAUGGAAAUAGUACACCGGGAUAUAAAAUGUGAAAACAUCCUUAUCACUGAGCAUUAUACUAUCAAGUUAACAGAUUUUGGUUUUUCAAAAUUUGUUAACAGUUCCAAAAAACUGAACUGUAAUACUUAUUGUUGUUCAUUGGGUUAUGCAUCACCAGAAAUAUUGACUACACGUCCAUAUGAUGGAAAAAUAUCUGAUAUAUGGUCACUUGGAGUGGUAUUAUAUGUCAUGCUCAAUAAGAAAAUGCCUUUCAAUAGAAAAAAUAUGAAGUUAAUGUAUAAGCAACAAGUCAAACGAGAUUGGGAACAUCAACCCUCAAUAGAGAAAAUAAUAAGUGAGAAUUUAAAAAUAUGUAUAGAUAGUAUUUUACAACCAGAGCCUAGAAAGCGUUGGACAAUUGAUGAAAUAUUGAAUAGUGAUUGGAUAAAAAUGAAUCAAAAAUUGGUUAAAAUGACAGAACAAGAGUCAUUUGCUCUUAUUGAAGCCCUAAAUCAAGAUAAAACAAUACAUCAAAAACAAUUAAAAAAGAUAAAAGCAAAUAAAUCAGACACUCAACAAAUAUUGGGCAAGAGAUCUCCAAGAUUUUUCAGUAUAACACAACAGUUGGAAUCAAUAUCCAGUUCAAAUAGAGGAACAAAUGAAUCUAAAUAUAUGUUGAAACGUUCUCAACGGAUUGUGCACACAGAUAACUUAUUGAAUAGCAAUAAUGACAUAACAUAAAAUUAAAAAUUAAAAAUAAUUAUUAUAACAACAAA